AUGAAUGUCAAUUGCCCAAGACCACUAACCAUGAACGCAAAUCAGCCCGUUGAUCCAUCAUCAUACAAUGACUGUCAUCGCCUGUUUUUACAAAGCAUGCUCACACAAAAGAUAGUUCGUGAAGAUCAGGCCCUGAAUCUAUACGAUGAAGCCUCUAAGCUAACUGGUGUCCCAAGAACAGACUUUUCAGACUUUGUAGCAUGCAUCAAUCAAGGCAUCAAUGAAAUAGAUCUUGCUUUAAAGCGCUCACACAAUGAACGCAAUGGAGUUCCUGUCAUUGCCCUGGUAAAUACACUUGACGAUGAGAUCUCUCAAAUGGCAACAGAAUACUCUCCUAGUACUAUAAUGUACUUUAGACAACUUGCAGAGAACAUUAUUACAGCAGAAGAUGAAGAUUAUGCAAUCAGCUCAAUGGAGGCUAUUCGCCUUGGCCAGAAGAUGACACCUGCAUUAACUCAAAAGGAAACACAGGAUCUUCUGGAUCGCUUGGUUGCUGAUGGCUGGCUGUUCUGCACUCGCCAGGGUGCUUAUGUGAUGGAGACACGUACUGUUCUUGAGCUUAAUGUUUAUUUUAAAGAGCAGUAUGGGGAGUACAUGAAGGAAUGUCAAUUCUGUCUUGAUGUGGUUACAAUGGGAGAACGCUGUGAAUCUGUUGAUUGCCCUGUGCGUAUCCACCGUCACUGUGCGGAGAGAUAUUUUCGUGAGCAGCCCAAUAGCACAUGCCCACUGUGUGGCACUAUGUGGUCCCAUCUGAAUACAUUUGGGUUAGGUCUCUCCUAA